ACAGGAGAUACAGUGAUGGGUUGCAAGAAAAGCAAAGUUGAGGUAAGGUUGCUCACGUUUCCUUUUGUCCUUUUACCUGGGAUAAAGAAUAUGGCGGCACUGGCAUGGGAGGGUGUGAGAGUUCAGGGCAAAAUGGAUGGAAGGCCAGGAUCAAACACCUUGGCCCAUGGAGCUCUACUUACAUAAAUGAGACAGAUAAUUACACACACACGUUAUACUGAUACAACAAAUCCUACGCAAUUGACACUUUCAUCCUUAAUUAAUGGCCACAAAAUACAUUUUUUCAUACCCAGGAUUUUGCAGUAUAAUGGCAGAAUAUUUUUGACCCCAAUGAAUAUAUGAGAAACAAUCAUCUGAACUGGUGGGGGAGUGUGCUUAUAAAAAAUAUUACAACUUAAUUUUUUCUUUCUACAGAACUCAGUUCUUUCUAUUAAGCAUGAAAAUGCUUUUGUGGAGAUUCUAGAGAUCACCGAUGUGCGUGACUCUUUGGUGGAGUUUACUGCCACCUUAGAGCUGCCCGACCACCUGGCACAGCCAUCGUUCCUAGGUAAGUGUGAUCAAUAUUAAAAAGCACAUUUUAAUUUCCAAAAUUAAAGUUUCACAUCUGGGAAACCAAUUUUAGUUCUGAUAAGGACCCCACUGCCAGAUAAUAAUGACAUCUGUGGUGUUUUUAUUCUUGUAGAAUCUCCACUUCCUGCUGGGUAUGAAGAGGACCCUGGCUCUUCCCACAACAUCGGAGGGGCCAUUCCUCUUCAUGAGCCUGAGGCUGAGCCAGCAGAGACUAUCCCCAGGGAUACAGCCAGCCCCACCAAUUUCAACUGGCUUUCAUUCGUAAGUACAUUGUAUGGGUGUGAAAUAUAUACAAACACACACAUGUAAUUGUUGGAUUCUUACUAUGCUUUACCUCUGUAGGAUGCCACGGUGGAGGUCCCUGGGGUAGUUAUUACUUCAGAGGCCCUGGUGAAGAUUUGCGUGAAAGCAAAUAAAUAUGUACCACCAUACGAGCCACCAGCGAUGCCAUUUUUAUUGGAAGCUCCUGAUUGUGAUGCUGGCACGUCCAAUAACAGCGGACACAUUGUUCCCAAUCAGGAGCAAGAGUCUGAGCCAAAGGAAGAUAAUUCCACCUCUUCCAGUCUUCCAUCAGAACUCAACAUCUCUGAAUUUGGCUCAGAUGUUGCCAAUAAAAUACAGGGCGCAGAAGGACCAUCUACCAGCCCUGUUGAGCCCGGAUCUCCCUCACUUGAUCAAUUCAACCUGGGUCAAGUGUUGGGAGAAGGAGGAUUCGGGAAGGUAUUCCUAGCCGAGCACAAGAACACCGAAGUGCUAUAUGCCAUCAAGGCCCUGAAAAAAGAACACGUUUUGGAAAAGGGCAAUUUGGACAGUGUCUUCCAUGAGAAGGAAAUCCUCCAGACGGUAAGUUCUUCUAACCACCCGUUCCUAGUGUCAUUACAUGGAACCUUCCAGACGGCGUCUCACCUGUUCUACGUCAUGGAAUAUCUACCUGGAGGUGACAUGUUUGACUUCAUAAGAUCAGUGGAACUAGAAGAACCGGACGUCAUGUUUUACACCGCAUGCGUUGUCCUUGGCCUGGAGGCAUUACAUCAGCUUGGCAUUGUCCAUAGAGAUCUAAAGCUGGAGAAUUUGCUGUUGGACCGGGAUGGCUACCUUAAGAUCGUAGACUUCGGCCUCAGCAAAGACAGAUUUGGAUACAGCGACCGCACGAACACCGUGUGCGGAACAAGAACAUACAUGGCCCCUGAGAUCUAUCUGAAACUUGGAUACGGCAUGGCCGCUGACUGGUGGGCCCUAGGAAUUACUGUUUACAUCAUGCUCCUGUAUGAGUUACCAUUCAACAACAAGGAUCCGGUUGAGCAAAUGAGUAGCAUCCUUUAUGAUGACAUCGAGCUGCCCGAAGACCUAUCAGAGGAUGCCUCCACUCUAAUACAAGAACUGUUAGAGAAAGAUCCUGAAUUUCGCCUCGGUUCGGGUGACGCCGGGGCUGAAAUGAUUAAAGAGCACCCCUUCUUUAAAGAUAUGGACUGGGACCAUCUGUUGCAGAGAAGGAUUACGGCUCCAUAUGUACUGGGCAACGAAGACCUGGAGAGCCAAGAGAACCCUGGAUGCCAAGCUCCAGCACUGCCACCAACUGCUGCAAGGAUUCCAUCAGAGCUGCAAGAGGCAUUCAGAGGAUUCUGAAAGAACAACAAUAACACCUGAAUGAACAUCUGAUAAGUAGACGGAAUAGAUGGGGAGGGUGGAGGGCCAGUCCAUAUCCAUAUAAGAAGUCCAUUCAUAUAAAGUGAUGCUCAGGUGUCCCACCUCAGUAAUCUCUGACUGAUUAGGCUAAUAUAGGAAUAGUCUUCUCACACUUUGUAGAAUAUUCUAAAACCUCACCUGUAUAACAGACAAGUAAGUUUUA